CUAGGCUUACUAACGCUGCAUCCUUAUCGACCAUGUUCAGAUACAACGCAACCAUUGAACACAAUCUCAGUCCUAUUGUGCACUAUGGAGUGUCAAUAGCCCAGUUGAUGAGGACAGCGGAUUUGUCUUAUAUCCGGCCAACACACAGGGCUACUGUUUAUAUAAUGGGAAUUUUCUUUGCCUAUUACCUGCAUUUGAGAAGGAAUCAGCCACCACUUAUUAUGUCUAAGAUGACAGUAGCAUUUGGAUGGCUGUUUGGUCUGACAUUGGGACUUGUGGUGUUGAUUGGUCCCUAUAAUACGGCUCUCCUGGGAUAUGUUUAUGAUCCAGUUGAAGCAGCCAUCUACUCAGCAUUCUCUCCCAUUCUAUGGUGCACAUUUAUCUCAUGGGGAGUGCUGGCUUCUCAUUAUGGUUACGGAGGUUGGUUUGGAAAGUUUCUGUCGUGGAAAUAUUUCAAAGUGUUCACUCGGCUGGCCUAUGCCAUCUACUUGACUCAGUUUCCAGUUUUCUUCUACAAUGUUGGAACAACUAAGGCGGCUCUAUAUUACUCAUCACUCGAUUUGUUUAAUUUCAGUGAAUUCGGUGUGAUUGUUUUUCCUAUCAGUUGCACUCACAUUAUUGGUUGGACCUGCCGUUCCAGAAUUUAACGUAGAGUUUUGCAAUCAAGAAAAGGCAA